UCGCACACAAUCGUGGUUAGUUUUGGGGACGCGUUAAGACAAUUUGGGAGUGCAUGCACCGUAUGUGUCGAUGAUUAAGAAAAUUGUCGCGUUCAUAACUGUUUCUAUGCAAAAUAUGUUGCGGCUUUGCAUGGCCUAACGACGGAACGUUGUCACGACGACUCGCACUACGCAUUAUAACGGAACUGAUCGCAACUAGAGAAAUACAAGAAUCAUGUUUUAUGCACAUUUUGUGUUGGCCAAAAAAGGGCCUCUAGCCCGUAUAUGGUUGGCUGCUCAUUGGGACAAAAAACUAACAAAGGCACAUGUAUUUGAAACCAAUAUAGAAAAAUCAGUAGAUGGUAUAUUACAACCAAAGGUUAAAAUGGCCUUGAGAACAUCUGGUCAUUUGCUAUUGGGAGUUGUACGAAUUUACUCAAGAAAAGCAAAAUAUUUGUUGGCUGACUGCAAUGAGGCUUUUGUAAAAAUCAAAAUGGCAUUCAGGCCAGGUAUGGUAGAUCUACCUGAAGAACAUAGAGAAGCAGCUGUAACAGCUAUUACUUUACCAGAAGUAUUUCAUGAUUUUGACACUGCUAUGCCUGAGCUUAAGGAUGUUGAUAUUGAAGCCCAAUUUAGUUUGAACCAGUCUAGAGCAGAGGAAAUAACAAUGAGAGAAGAUUAUGGUAGUUUGUCCUUAGUCACACAUGACCAAGGUUUUGGUGACAUGAGUUUUGAUGCAGAACCACCAGAAUUACUAAGACACGGAAGUGGUAUAGAACCUUCAUUAGACCAGAGUCACAUGUUGUUCAGUGAUGGACCAGGAAUAGAAACAGCAUUGGAACAAAAAGAAAAAGAGCCAGUAGCAGGAACAUCCUCCACAACUCAAGCUAUGGAUAUAGAUACACCCAUCAGAGAUGAUGGUUUUGGUGGUCAUCUUGGCCAAGACAUUAUAUCGGGUGGCCUCUUUGAAGGUGGUUUAUUUGAUGAAGCUCCAAUGGGUGAAGUACCUGUACCUGAGGUUAGUUCAAUAACUGAACAACAGGAAGCAGGUGCAGUUCCUGGUACUGCUGCUUCUGUUCACGAUGAAUCUGAUGAAGAUAUGGGCGAUCAUUUUGGUGGUCCGGCAUCUCCGAUGGGAGGCAUGAGCUCUGACGGCUCUAGACCAACCACACCAGUAGCUGCUGGGGAAGAAAUCGAAGGAAGAAUAAGCGUCGCCAGUCGUCGUUUCACACCAGCUCCACCAGCUGUUCCAGAAGAACACGCUAUCGAUAACAUAGAAGAACCGCCACCAUUGCAAGAUCAAACCACUUUGCUACACGAUGAAGAAGAAAGCUUCGCACUAGCUCCGAUCGACGCAUCCGCUUUAAAAGGUUUUACAAAAGCUAAACGCAAACGUAAACUUAUUGUCGACGAAGUGAAAAAUAUUUCUGGUGAAGAAAUGAAGGCACAAUUAUCAGAUACUACUGAUAUCAUCACAACGUUGGACUUGGCACCGCCAACAAAAAGAUUAAUGCAUUGGAAGGAAACUGGUGGUGUAGAGAAACUGUUUGCUUUGCCAGGAAGGCCGAUCCCAGCUCGUGUUCUCUUUAAAAAUUAUCAAAGACACUUAACCAGCAAAUCUUAUGAUCAUGAAGACUUCGGGCGACUCGGAGCCGAGGAAGAUGGUAUGCCUUUAGAGCAAAUGAGAGAUGCUCCAGAAGCAGAAACAUCCAAUUAUGAACAAAGUAUUCUUAAUAAACGUAUGGGACGAAAACGAAAAGCGCCGCAGGAUGAUGAGAUAAGGCCUCCUCCACCACCACCCCAGGCACCUCCAGCAGACGUCAGUCAAUCGUCAGUAAACGCCGAGGCAGUAGAAGUACCAAGUUUAAUCCCACAACAAAGUCUUCCGUCUUCAGAGUCGCCUGUACCACCCGAAGUACCUUUACCAGCGGAAACAACGGUUUCCGACAUCUGUAGCAUUGUGCCUUCCAUCGAACCAUCAGAGGUAGUAUCGCCGUCUUCCGAAACACCGGUGCUCAACACAGAAACACCACAAUUCGCACCAGCUGAAGUUAACUCGGUACUCAACACAAACGAAGAACCAGUAACACAAGCACCAACACAAGAGAUGGCUAUUAUUACCGCUAUACAACCAUCCGAUAUGCCUCAAAUGGAAAACAUGGGUUACGAUCAAGCGCAACCACAAGUCUCAUAUAUAGGUUACGACGAACAUCAUCCUCCGGCACAUACACCUGGUGCAAUUUCCGAAAGAGGACCUGCUACACCCUGGAAUCACGAAGAUUAUGAGUUUCCGCCGUCCGUGGGACCUCAAGAGGAGCAGCAGGUGGAUGAAACUUAUGAACAGUUUGAAGAGCGUGUUCUCAACAAAAGAGCAGCACAUAUGUAUCACGUUAUUAAGAGCAAACUGGAUACCAAAGAUAAAUUAACGUUAUCAGAAAUGGCAUUUAAGAAUAACCGCAAGCAGGUUGCACAGAAAUUUUAUACACUGUUAGUGCUGAAGAAAUUUCAAGUACUAGAACUUCAUGAAGAAUAUUCAUAUGCCGAAAUUACAGUCACAAAAGGACCAAAAUUCGAAAACCCUGCGUUAUAAAGGUAUUCAAUCCUAAUUAUAUAAUUUCGAACACGAACAAGGAUGAACAAAAUUUUAUCUAUGCAGAAAAUAUCAAAAAUAAUUAUUCAUGUUUUCUUUCUUUUUCUCAUCAAAGCAAAUCAUAGAAUAAUAUAUUGAACUUGCUUUCUUAAUACAAAAUCUAUAAAAAAUAAAAAUAAUUAUUUUGUUUUGGAUCCUCUGUCUUAAGCAAAUGAAUGUUAUAUACCAAAAUUGCAAAUAAGAUCUAUUAAUCAUAUUCCAUUCCUUUUUUUAUACUGCAUUGACGCUUUUUUUAUUUAGAUGUAAUCAUUAACUUUGCUAAACUUCUGUUCCUACAAAAGUCUAUAAAGUUUAUGUCAUUCAUCAAGCCAUACAGGGUUUGUAAAUAAAAUGAGUAAAUAGUUAAAAAAUAUUUUACAACAUACACACAUGUGUGUAUUUAUCAUUACUAACUUCUUAAAUCUAUAUUACAAAAAGGUCCAAAACUACAAAUAUAUUAUUGACAUAACUUUCUAAAUUUUGAUAUAACUCAUAAUUUUUAUUGAGAUAGGUAUGUAAUAAUAGAAUGUUAAUGCAGUUACAUAUAUAUAUUUCUAGAUUAUUAAUUUAUAAGGUAAAAAACUAAUCCAGAAAUUUACUUAUAGUGCUUAUACACACAUUUAUUUGUAACAAAACAGUUAUUAAUGGAAGAGUCAAUUUAAGUAUUUGUGAAUAAUAAUUUUAUGUAUUAUUUUUGUGUUGUCUAACAACAUGCUUCUAUUUUCACUCGCGUAAAGAUUGUGCGCGUAUUUACACAUAAUAUGUGUAUAUAUAAAUAUAUAUAUUCUAUAUUAUACAUAUUAUAUAAAUACGUCUCAAAAUUAAUUAUAAUGCAGACAUGUAAGAACCAUAAAUUUUAUGUUAACAAUACUUUACUUACGAUUGCAGAGUCAAUUUUAUAGGAAUUAUGAAAUAUUUUGUUCUUUAGUAAUAUAUUUAUUUGGAGUAAAUAAAAAUUAUUAUCAAAUAGGUAUAUACAUUACAAAUAAUUUAAUUAUGGUGCUGACUAUUUUCUUAGAGAAAAUAGUGUGUACUAUAGUCUCAGAAAAAAUCAUUUAAUGAUUUGUUCUAUUUGUAUACCUACCUUAAUGGGGUAUAAGAAUGUUACAAAAAUGAAAAGAAAAACUAUAUUUUAGCAGACUGGUCAUUUACCAUAAAAAUUUUGCAAUGAAAUCGUAAGUUUGCAUUGUAAAUAAACAUAUACUACAAUUCAGAUGAAACAAAUCGUUAAAAUAUAAUCAUAAGUAAUUUAGUAACGCGUCAUAAAAUUUAAAAGAAUCAAUCAACUGUCACGGUGUAGUAAACAUUGUAAAUAACAUCAUUACUAUUUAACGAUUCAUUGUCUAUUCGAAAAAUAAAUAUCAUUUAUAUAAUA